GAAUUCUGGAGCUGAGAAAGACUGGUCUGCCAUCGCAGAAGACGCCAUGUUUGCACAGCCGUGGGAUUUCACUUUCACCCCCUAAAACCAGAGUGACUUGUGAUUAGAACCCGUCGGUCUGAAGUUUACGUAGGUCGAGUGCAAGGGAAUCCAGCUGCUGGUGCGGAUCAGGGGUGUUCAAGAAGCCACCUUCGCAGCUUCAAACUGAUCCUUCGAAAACAGCCAACACCGAAUACACUUCUCUGCUUUAUCCUCGCGGCCCCAAGAUUAAUUCGAAACACACACGCAAAACACUCAGCGCCUACGCGUUGCGUAGUUUCUCACCCUCAUCCGCUUCCCGUGCACUCGUUGCCCGUCCGCCCAACCCUGUCCGCCCAAGCUCAUCCACCUCUCGACCCCCGAUAACACCCCAGGGCAAUCAUGCCCGACGCCUCCGCCUCCGGGGCCUCGGCGUCCCAAAACGAAGCCUCGGCGCGCAACCGGCGCGAGCACAACCAGGGCAAUCAAGAGCGCAAGUACACGGCCGAGCAGAAAGCCGCCGUGCUGCGCAUCCGGCGAUGCCAGCCGACGGCCUUCUACGAGAUCCUGGAGCUGCAAAAGACGUGCACCGACGCCGAGGUCAAGAAGGCGUACCGCAAGCUUUCGCUGCUGACGCACCCAGACAAGAACGGUCACGAGCACGCCGACGAGGCCUUCAAGAUGGUGGCGCGCGCGUUUAGCGUGCUUGGGGACAAGGAGAAGAGGGAGAAGUACGAUCGGUUCGGGACGGAUCCUGAUAGUCGGUUCGCGAGUGCCCAGGCGCAGGCUGCGCAGAACCCGUUUGCUGGGUUUGCGGGGAGGAGAGCAGGCGGUGGUGGUGGCGGCGGUGGGUGGGCCGAGGAGGAGAUCAGUCCCGAGGAGAUGUUUGCGAGGUUCUUUGGAGGAGGCGGAUUCGGAGGGGGCGGGUUCGGGGGGCCCUUUGCAGGCUUUGACGGCGGGCCACAGUUCGUCUUCAACUUUGGGGGGCCGGGCGUGCGGGUACACCAGUUCGGUGGUGCGCGGCCACGGGCCCGACCCCGUAACCCGGGCCAGGAGGAACCGGCCAGCAUGUGGAGCACCAUCAUCGGCCUGCUGCCUAUCAUCCUCCUCGUGGUUUGGCCGAUUCUCUCGUCCAUAUUCUCCGGCAUUGCCUCCUCGACCCCGUCAACACCCAGCAUGGCCUUCGACGCUCCAGCCCCACCACUGUACACGAUGGAACGCACUAUGCCCAACUACAAGGUCAAAUACUAUCUCAACCCGUCCGACGUCCACUCGUACAGUCCGUCCAAGCUGUCGUCGCUUGAUAGGAAGGCCGAGGUGGUGCUCGUGCAGCAGCUGCGCAUUCAGUGCGAGAACGAGAUGGCGCACAGGCAACAGCUGCGGAAUGCGGCGCAAGGUUGGUUCUUCCCGGACCCGGAUAAGAUGGAGCUGGCCAACUCGUACGACAUGCCCGCAUGCCGGAGGCUGAACUCGCUGGCGUCAUGAUUGGGCGGAAGCGAUGCCUGAUUGAAGUUUGGGAAGUGUCGUGAAUACCAGGUGCUUAGAUGUCUGUUUUAUCAUUCUGGGUCGACCAUGCUGAAGCACCGGCGUUGGAGGACAUUUGCAUAUACGGACUCAGCGUGUAAGGCUCCUCGUUGUAAUGCCUCGUCUGCAAAGGUACGCAAAUAGCAUGAUUGAUGCAAGGUAGUUAUUCCAACGCAUUCGUCCUUCAUCUCU